AACAACAAAAAUUACUUUUGUCCAGAUUUAAAGCCCCGCUGUGCGACACUUGUAUUCCGAGCUGACUUGGAAUACAAGUGUCUCUUUUCCUAAAUUUAUUUUCUUGGCUUUUCACUCAAGCGUAAAAACUUGCAUUACGCACUUGUUGCUGUUUUGUUAUCAUUGUGAGUAAUAACUAAGAUUUAUUUGAAAAAAACUUCUAAAUUUAAUUACUAAUAAGUAGUAAUUGUGAGUAAUAAUUAAGAUUUAUUUGAAAAAAACUUCUAAAUUUAAUUACUAAUAAGUAGUAUUGUUUAACUCCUUUUUUUGGGAUGCCAAAUUUUAAUAAAUUGUCUAUUUUACUUACCCAACUCUUAUUGGUUAACUAUGUCAAUGGAUGUUCAAAAAUAGGAUGGAAGUCAAAAAUAAUAUCUAGUCUGCUGCAGUGAACAUUCAAAAAUAGAAAAAUCUUUUGAGCAAUAGACAUUUGCUUUUUUUUUUGCUUUUAUGAGAAGUGUUUUCAUAACAUUAAUUACUUGACAACUUUUAUGUGAAUUGUUUUUAUAACAUUAGUUUCUUGACAACUUGUAUGAGAAGUGUAUUCAUAACAUCGGUUUUUUGGCAGCUUUUUUUUGGCAACAUUGGUUUGAAAUGAAAAUGAAAGAAAAUAAUGACCUGUUAAUAAUUUGUUUCAUUUAGUAUGGAUGAAAAUAUCGAAGAUUUCAACAAAAUAUUAAUUGAGCGAGUAUCAUCUAACUGGAAACGGUUUGCUUUUAAUGCAUGUGAAACAGAUAUACAUAGUAUAAUAGAACAUAUUGAUCAACGUAAUGAGAGUGACAAAUUAAAAAUGGCAGCUUUUCUUCAAAAGCUGUAUGAAAUUAAUCCAGCUUGUUACAAAGAAGUGAUUGUUGAUUCUCUUUAUGCUUUAAAGAGAUUUGAUGUGGUUUUGGGUGUAGCAAUCGAUAAAAACUUUGAUAAAGUUUGUCAUAUUUUGGUGAAACGGCUAUCACAUGAUUGGAAGGCUUUUGGUCGUUGGUUUGAUAUAGAGGACAUAAGUACUAUAGUUGAAACUAUUGACCAAGAUAACAAUAGUGAUUCAAUAAAGAUGGAGUCAUUUCUUGAAGUAAUUUUUCAAAGAGUUCCAUUAGACUACAAAGAAGUAAUUGCUAAUGCUCUGGAGUUUUCAGGGCGCUAUGAUAUUUUGUUUAAUGUUGCAUUAGACGAAAGUAGCCAAAAAAAAGUACUAAAUGACUCAUUGCAAGAAAUUUUAGUUAAGAGAAUGUCAUCAGACUGGAAAGAGUUUGCUCGCCAGACUGGUUUGCCUGGAGUUAACACUUUUAUUAUACAUACUGAUCUUGAAUUAAAGAAUGACCAGUCUAAAAUGGUUGCAUUUCUUGAUCGAUUGUAUCAAUUCAGCUCGCUCUAUUAUAAAAAUUUGAUUGAAAACUCUCUCAAAAUGUCUAAGCGCUUUGAUGUUGUUUUGGAAAUAGAAAUGGAUGAAAGUAGCCAAUUACUAAAUGGCUCAUUGCAAGAAAUUUUAGUUAAGAGAAUGUCAUCAGACUGGAAAGAGUUUGCUCGCCAGACUGGUUUGCCUGAAGUUGACACUUUUAUUGAACAUAUUGAUCAUGACUUAAAGGAUGAUCAGUCUAAAAUGGUUGCAUUUCUUGAUCAAUUGUAUCAAUUAAGUUUGCUCUAUUAUAAAAAUUUGAUUAAACACUCUCUCAAAAUGUCUAAGCGCUUUGAUGUUAUUUUGCAAAUAGAAAUGGAUGAACGUAGCAAAUUACUAAGUGACUCACUGCAAAAAAUUUUAGUUAAAAGAGUGUCAUCAGACUGGAAAAAGUUUGCUCGCCAGACUGGUUUGCCUGAUGUUGAUACUAUUAUUGAACAUAUUGAUGAUAACUUAAAGGAUGACCAGUCUAAAAUGGAUGCAUUUCUUGAUAGAUUGUAUCAACUUAGACCUCUCAGUUAUAAAGAUUUUAUUGAACACUCUCUGAACAUGACUAAUCGCUUUGAUGUUCUUUUGGAAAUAGAAAUGGAUAGACAUUGUGAAGCUUUUAAUAAGAUCUUAAUUGAACGUUUAUCGUCUGAUUGGAGGAAUUUUGCUCAUCGCACUUGUUUGUUUGAAGUCAAUUAUAUAAUAGAACAUAUUGAUCACGAUUUUGAGGAUAAUUGCUUAAAAUUAAAAGAGUUUCUAAGAAAACUUUUUGAAAUUGAUCCUGUUCAUUAUAAAAAUGUAAUAAAAAGCACCUUGUUGAAACUAAGAAGGCUCAGUUUGUUGAUUUUAUUUGCAGAUGAUAAUGACGAUGUUUAUUCAAAAGAUGAAGGAAUGGAUAUCAGAGUAGUAAAAAUCCUUGUUGACAAAGUGUCUUUGGAUUGGGAAAGAUUUGCUUGUUUCUGUGAAUUUACUGAUAAAUAUUCUAUGGAAGCUAUUAUUGAGCGUAUAAAGCAAAUUACAAGCAAUAAAUUAAAAAUGAGAUAUAUAUUAAUGGAACUUUAUAAACAACAUCCUGAAGAUUACAAAAUAUAUAUUCUUGGUUCACUGAUAGAUAUGAAGAGAAAAGAUGUGCUAAAGGAUUUAGGAUAUUUACCAGAACUUCAAAGCAAACUUUCGUUAAAGCAAGAGUAUUUACGAGAGCUUUCAAGCAUACUUCCAUCCAAGAAAGAAAUGGAUAUCAGAAUAAUAGAAAUCCUUGUUGACAAAGUGUCUUCAGAUUGGCAAACAUUUGCUGAUUUCUGUGAAUUUACUGAUAAAUAUUCAGUAAAAGCUAUUGUUGAGCGUAUAAACCAGUUUACAAGCAAUAACAAAUUAAAAAUGAGACAUUUAUUGAUGGAACUUUAUAAACAACAUCCUAAAGAUUACGAAAAAUAUAUUAUUGCUUCACUGAAACUUAUGAAGAGAAGUGAUGUACUUGAAGAUUUAGAGUAUUUACGAGAGCUUUCAGUCAAAUAUCCGCUUAAGAAGUUAAAUGAUGAUGAUGAUGAAGAAGAUGACGAUGAAGAUGAUGAUGAUGAUGAUGAUGAUGAUGAUGAUGAUGAUGAUGAUGAUGAUGAUGAUGAUGAUUUUUUCAGAAAACGUUUAAGCAAACUUUCAAUUAAGAAAGGUCUUCAGGUCAAUAAAAGUAAGAAAGAAUCUUCACCUAAGUUUGAAAGUCAGAUUCCUACCAUAAAAGAUUUUAUCCAUACUACAAAAAUUAAGCGUGAUAAUUAUUUCUAUCAAAAAGAAAUAGAAAUGAAAAAUCUGUAUAAAAGAUAUGGUGAAGAAGUUUACUCUGAAAAUCUAAAAUCUAUUAUCUAUGUACGACAAGUGUGGGGUAUUAUGAUAUACGAUGGAAAAACUUCUGAGGAAACAUUUUGCGAUAUUAAUUUUGUCAAAGAUUUAAUAAAAUCUAAGAGAAAGUUAUCAUGGUUAAGCGUUGAUAAAAGUUAUUUAAACAAUGAGGAAAAAAGCCUUCUUAUGCUAUGUUCAACUAAUGUUUCUUUCGUCUACUUUUAUCAUCCAAUUAAAAUUGAAGGAUGGAAUUCGUCAGAUAAGAUCGAAGCAUUAUCGAUAAAUACCGUACAUUAUUUAAUAAGAAAAAAUGAUUUUAAAAAUAGUUUUCUUUCGUGGAUUUGUCUUUGUAAAGAUUUAUAUCUUUACCUUCACAGAGACACUGAUUUUUUAAAAAAUAUUUAUAAAUGGAUUCAUCGUUUAAAUAUCAGGUGGUUGAGGAUAUGGUGUCAUAAUAAAAAAUUUCAUAACCUAGAAGAAUUAAAAAACUUUAUUACACAUGAAACUGAAUCUUCAACUGAAUUUAAAAGUCAGCUUCUCAUCAUAAAAGAGCAUUUUCGAGUGGUUUCAAGCAUACUUCCAUUCAGGAAAGAAUCUUCACCUAAGUUUGAAAGUCAGAUUCCUACCAUAAAAGAUUUUAUCCAUACUACAAAAAUUAAGCGUGAUAAUUAUUUCUAUCAAAAAGAAAUACAAUACAAAAGAGGAUUUGAUGUAGAAGAUUACUCUGAAAAUCUAAAAUCUACCAUCUAUGAACGACAAGUGUGGGGUAUUAUGAUAUAUGAUGGAAAAACUUCUGAGGAAACAUUUUGCGAUAUUAAUUUCAUUGAAGAUUUAAUAAAAUCUAAGAGAAAGUUAUCGUGGUUAAGCAUUGAUAAAAGUAAUUUGAACAAUGAGGAAAAAAGCCUUCUUAUGCUAUGUUCAACUAAUGUUUCUUCCGUCUACUUUUAUCAUCCAGUUAAAAUUGAAGGAUGGAAUCCGUCAGAUAAGAUUGAAGCAUUAUCAAUAGACACCGUACAUUAUUUAAUAGGAAAAAAUGAUUUUAAAAAUAGUUUUCUUUCGUGGAUUUGUCUUUGUAAAGAUUUAUAUCUAUACCUUCACAGAGAUACGGACUUUUUAAAAGAAAUUUAUGAAUGGAUUCAUCGUUUAAAUAUUAGGUGGUUGUGGUUAUGGUGUUGCAAUAAACAUUUUUGUAACCUUAAAGAAUUAAAAAACUAUAUUACACAUGAAAAUGAAACUUCACAUGAAUUAUCUUUGAAUCAGCUUUCCAUCAUAAAAGAAACUUCACAUGAAUUAUCUUUGAAUCAGUUUUCCAUCAUAAAAGAAAUGGAUAAAAAAAAGCACGAAUUUAAAAUUUUGGUUAUUGGAGAUGCAGGAUGUGGUAAAACAAGCAUCAUCAGAAGAUAUGUAAACAAUAAUUUUUUUCCAGAUUACGGACCAACUAUUGGGGCACAUUAUUUAUUGAAAGUUUUAAACUGGGAUGAAAGAACCUUGAUUCAUCUUCACCUGUGGGAUAUAUCUGGUGAAGAAAGAUUACGCAAAAUGAACAAGGUGUUUUAUAAGGAAGCAGUAGGAUGUAUGAUCAUUUUUGAUGUUACACAACCACAAGCAUUUGAAACUGUUAUAAAAUGGAAGCUAGACUUGGAUAGUAAAGUUCAUUUACCUAAUGGACAGCCUAUUCCAUGUGUACUUUUAGCUAAUAAGUGUGACCAAGUUGGAAUUUUGUUAUAUAACUUUUAUUUCUAUAAAAGUUAUAUGGACAAAUAUUGUAUAGAUAACGGUUUCCACAGUUGGUUUGAAACAAGUGCGAAGGAAAAUAUUAAUGUGGAUAAUGCUGCUAAAUCUUUAAUAAAAAAGAUACUCGAAAAUUAUAAAUCUAAUAACUUAUAUUCUCAUGAAGAUAUUAAGGAUUCCAAUGAAACUAUUGACUUGAAAAUAAAGCCUUCAAAUAAAGGCAAACAACAAGAACUACGAAAGUCAAACUGUUGUUAACAGAUUGUAUGUAUGUGUAUAUAUAAAUAUAUAUAUAUAUAUAUAUAUAUA